GAAAAAAAAUAUUUUUCCGUUUCUCUUUUCGUUCUAAAUUUUUAAGGGGAAACCGACCACCGAGUAAAUUCGAAGAAAAAGCGCGCGUACCAGUUGAUGUGUUAGGGUUUUAGCUUCCAACCUCCUUGUUCAGUCGCUCAUACUGAGCUCUCCGAACGGAGUCAGGCAGGAAACACUUGUUUUCCUGAUGGCGGAGACUCCGAACACGAAGGACCAAGCUUGCGCCGUCGAGGCUUCACUGUGGUGGGACUCAUUUUCCACCUUGCUCACCGAACUCGAAAACGUCCCUUUCUCCUCAGACAUCACCUCUUCUCUGGAAAGGAAGUUGAAGGACAAUCAUGCGUGGCUCCUUGAUACGAAUUCAUUGUUCAAGUCCCCUAAUCAGAAAUCAAGAGAUGCCUUGGAUGGAAGUGUAUUAAAAAUUGAUUCUCGACAGAUUAAAAUACGUCCGGAACUCAAAGAAACAGCCCUACAAAUUAGUUCUAUUCUGUGUCUGGAUGAAGUGCAGUCAUACAUUAUUGUUGAAAGAUCACUCAGUCAGAACACUCUGGCCAGAGACGCUCCAAUCCACGAGCUACCUCAUUUGAUUAUUCUUCACUACUACGUUGAGCGGCAAUGCUUAUUGAAGUGCACAAGACAGAUCCUUAUGCAUGCUUUGUGUUUUGGAACAAAGCAUAACGACAAUCAUGGUAUUGUGGAUGAGGCACACAAGUUAAUAUCUGAUGGACUAGAGACUAAAAUGGUACAUGCACUAGAAGACAAUCUGUCAUUGAACUUUAGAGAGUCAAUGGAAAUUGAUUUUUACACUCUAUGGGCUGAAGAGAUACUUACAGAGGAUAACCUAAUCUUGGAUAUUCUUUUUCUUACAUUUUAUGAGUUUAGCACAUGCACUGGCAAGCAAUGGAGGAAACUAUGUUUGAUUUAUCAGGGUUUCAUUUUGGGUUCCCAUAAUUUUGGGAGGUUAGCUAUAUCAACAGAAUCAUCUUCUUCAAUUUGUCAUGCCAAAGUACAGUUGCUGCUCAUUCUUAUUGAAACUCUGAAUUUGGAAACUCUUCUUCAAAUGGUUCAUGAUGAAAUUCCUUUCAGGGAGGGAUAUGCUGCUUUCUCUUUGAAUGAUGUUCAAGAGAUUGAUAAUGUGGUAUCUGAUCUCAAUGCAUUUGAAAAGAAAGAAACUGGUCCACUGAUACUUGCGUGGGCAGUAUUUCUUUGUCUUGUUUCCUCACUUCCAGAUAAGGAGGAAAAUAUUGCACUGAAGGAGAUUGAUCAUGUUUGUUAUGCGUGCCAAGCUUUUGAAGCUGCAUCUUUGAGUUAUUUCCUUGAAAUCCUUCAAAGUGACAUACAGAAGUAUUUAGAUGGUCCCAUUGCUGGGUUCCGAAGUAUCUUAAGAACAUUUGUAUCAGCAUUUAUUGCUUCUUAUGAGAUCAAUCUUCAGCUUGAGGAUAGUAACCUGCAACUUAUAUUGGAAAUAAUCUGCAAAAUUUAUCAAGGCGAGGAGUCACUCUGUAUCCAGUUUUGGGAUAAGGAUAGUUUUGUUGAUGGUCCUAUCCGAUGUCUUCUAUGCAAUUUGGAGGGUGAAUUUCCAUUUAGGACUACUGAACUGCUGCGGCUGCUAUCAGCACUUUCUGAAGGAUCUUGGCCUUCAGAAUGUGUGUUUAACUUUCUUAAUAAGUCUACUGGAUUAUCAACUCUUUUUGAGAUAAGUCACGACACAUUUGUGGAUGCUGCUUCACAGAGUGUUAAGACAAAUCAUCCAUUGCAUGUUUCCGGUGUUGAAGGUUUAAUCAUUCCUCGUGGAACACAUGGUCAUGUUUUGAAAAUGGUUGAUAAGAAUAUUGGCCUCGUGAGAUGGGAGUAUACACAAUCUGGGUUGCUUGUGCUCCUUUUACAAUUGGCACAGGGGACAAACAUGGAGAAUUCUGAUGAAGUGUAUGCUGUUCUUGACUUACUUAGUCGAAUGGUCUCCUUCAAUGUGGCUGUCUGUUAUGCUCUCAUGGAAUUCGGCAGAUCUUUGCCCAAUGAAGUAUGUCCACCAAAUUUACACAUGGAGGGAUAUUUGUGUUUCAACGUGGCGGAGAUUAUCUGUUCUUUGAUCAAGAAUUUGCCCGCUAAUUCUACUGGCGCGAAUUUGAUGUCUAUGGGUGUCAAUAUUCUGACAAAAAUGCUAAAAUGUUCACCAUAUCGAGUCACUACAAUGGCAGUGAAGACUAAUAUAUUUGAUGUAGCUUUUAAAACCAACCCAUUUGAAGUUGGUACAAAUGGAUUGUCAAGCGGAUCAUGGCUGCUUUCUGGACGACUUGCUAAAAUGCUCAUGAUUGACUGUGAUCAAAAUGACUGUCAGUUGACUCUUUCAGUUCUCGGCUUUACUGCCGAGCUUGUACGGACUGGAGCAGAAAAUGAUGUGGCUCUUGCUCUUGUCGUAUUCUCUCUUCAGUAUGUCCUUGUCAAUCAUGAGUUCUGGAAAUAUAAGGCGAAGCAUGCUCGUUGGAAGGUGUCUCUAAAGGCACUUGAGGUUAUAAAAAAUAGCAUCAAGUCCAUAUCACAUGGUCAAAGGCAUGGUGAGGUGAUCAGGGACAUUUUGCUAUUUGAUUCUUCAAUCCACAGUGUACUCUUUCGAUUUGUUUGUACAACAGCAGAAGGCUUAGAGAAACUUUAUGUGAAUCGGCUUUUUGAGCUGGUAGAAAUUGAAGGAUUGCAGCACUCAAUGGUGUUUACUUUGGAUAUUCUUUCUGGUUUGCUGUCUUUUCUCGCAAAGGAUUUGCCCAGUCACCAAGUACUUCUUCAAGCAGUUAUGUCACCUGCAACAAAACCUGUUCCCGUGGUUACAGCAGUGAUAUCCUUAAUGUCAUUCUCCAGGAAUUGUAAGAUACAAGUAGCUGCAGCUAAGCUGCUCUCUGUAUUAUUUCUUGCUGGAGAUGAUUCAAACUCUUGCGCGUUUGGCAAUGCAUGCUUCGGUCUUGAUGAAAUGCAGAUUCGUAAUUUUAAGAAUGCCAUUUGUAGUAUUCUUUGCAAAGAGACUGGUGCAGAUGAUGAUCUAAUAGUUGCUACUUUCAAGAUGCUAACUUCUGCUGCAACAAAUCAAACAUCAUUUCUUUCUGCUGUGAUUGCUCUUGGUGAUAAUGAAAGUUCUCAAGUGUGUGAUACCGACAAAGAUCAAUCCUGUCAGGAUCAAUUAUGGUCCCAGGAUGCUAAUAUAUUAAAUAACAUUUCUCUAUAUGUAAAGAGAUCUUCAGAACUUAUGGAGAGAAACCCCGUUUUACUUUACAAUCUGCUGAACUUCCUGAAGGCACUGUGGCAAGGAGCUGGUCACUAUAGAAAUAUUUUGAUGCAGUUAAAAAAGUCAGAAUUCUGGAAACAAGUGUCUAAUUCUCUCAUGCAAAUUAAAGAGUCUGAAGAUCUAUUAGAAGUUGACCCUUGCAUUGCAGCUUACAGAUACAAAUGUCAAUCUAGUGUGUUGGACUUGAUGGCUCAUGAGAUGUUCUUACUCAUAAAGUCAUUAGAUGCUGACUUUCAUGUGAAGCAAACUUCUCCAUGGCUACAAGCUUCCACAGAGAAAACAGUUCGUUCUUCAUUAGAUAAAGUUGAAAAUAGUAUAUUGGAUAUUCUUAAGCCAUGGUUCACAAGCCCGUCAUUGGGGAAGCUCAUCAAGUUAUUUGUAGCAGUUGAAUAUGAUGAUCACUCUAAUUUACAUGGGAAGGUUGCAGCUAGCUUGUUUGUUGUUCAUUUAAUGGCUAAAGUAAGAGGCGGCAAUACUGGGAGUUUGUCAGUUUCACUCAUUGAUAAGAUCUCUAUCUUGUCUCAAAAGUUGUGCAAGUUGCCUGCCUUUUCUGAGCUGAUGGCAUAUUAUGGAGAUCGCGGUUACAGUGGAGGUGAAGAAUUGCAAAAUUUGAUUGUCAAUGAUCUGUUCUAUCAUAUACAAGGCGAGCUUGAUGGUAGAGAAAUAAGCCAUAGACCAUAUAAAGAACUGUCACAGUAUUUGCAAGGGUCUAAGUUUUUGCAAACCUAUCGAUGCAAAGGGCGUGAUGGUUUUUUCCCACAAGACAAUGACACCUUGUUUGACAUUGACCAUCUUGAGGCUGACAUGGGGAUAGAUAUGUGGAAUUUUUCUGGCUGGGAGUCAUCUAAAGAAAUUGCUGAAGGUUUGCUGGUCUUGUUGCGUAAGAUCAAUUCCAUGACACUGGUGGCUAGAUCCAAACUUCUUGCUAUAAAACCCUUGAUAAUCCUGCUCUCUAUGUUUGAUGAUAAAUCAAUUCAGUUUGGAUCCACAAAUGGUGGAAAGAUUCCUGAGCAACCAAUCCUGUCGGGCAUCAACUGUACAUGUGAAUAUCUGCAAGCUACCGUAGACAUGCUAGCUUCGAUUUCUGAUGCCAGUAAUGAUAUUUUUGAUAUCCUUGCAGCUCAAAUACAGAUGCUCUUCCACUUUGUCAGAUCAAUGAAUGGAAGAUUGUCUUUACCUACUUUCUUGCUGAUACUGAAAACAUCAGGGCAUGGCCUCAAAGUAUUAAGUUCUAGGCCAUCAGUUACUAGUUUUACAACAACAAAAAAGGAACUGUUUAUGUUGAUUCUUUUUUCAGUCAAGUCCUGUUGCAACACUUUGAAUUCCAGUUCUCUUAUUGAACCUGAUAACGAGUCAGGUAAAGCCUUAGCAGAGGCUGCGAAUGUCUGUUUGGGACUGUUACCCAUUCUUUGCAAGUAUGCUGGAGUUGCUGAUUAUUGUACCAUCUGUCUGACUACUAUUGAUGUAGUAGUUAAAGGUUUCUCGACACCUGCAACAUGGGUCCCUAUUAUCAAGAACCAUCUCCAAGUGCAACUUGUUGUCCAUAAACUUGUAGAUAAAAAUUUCUGUGCAGAUGUACACAUUAUAUUGAAGUUCUUAUUAACAAUUGCAUGUGUGAGAGAAGGAGCGGAGAUGCUAAUGAGUGUUGGGUUUUUCGCAUAUUUACGGGAGUUACUAGCUGACUUUCCUGAUGGUGGACCUUUUUCAGUUGUUCAGAAUGAGGGGGUUCUUUCAGGCACUUUUAAGGACAAUGAAAAGCCUCAGUCCAUAUGGGGACUUAGUUUGGCAGUUGCAACAACUAUUAUUCACUCUCUGGGAGAAAGUUCAGUCAAUGUUGUUGAUUAUGUGAUGGCUUACCUGAUUGUGGAGAAAGCAAAUACAAUUUUUAAUUAUCUUCGUGCUCCUGAUUUUUCUUCUGAUGAUCCUGAGAAGAAACAAACUCUUGCCAUCAAAAAACAUACCCCAUUGUACGCUCUUAGGGAGACAGAGAAUAUACUUGCUCUGAUAUGUGUUCUAGCCAGGUACCAAAAUUCAUGGAUUAAAGUCAUGAAUGAAAUGGAGUCAGAGUUACGGGAGAGAUGUAUCCAUCUACUGGCUUUCAUUAGCCGUGGAACACUUCACCAUGGGGAAUUAUCUUCAAAGAGUGCCUCUUUCUUGUGUCACCCAUCCCUUAGGGACGAGUUUGAAUGGAAGAAGAUGCCAUCAUUUAUCAAUAGCAGAAAUGGUUGGUUUGCUCUAUCUUCUCUUGAUUGUGAGCUCAGCCGAGAAAUUUCUUCAAGGACGAUGACCAGUAUCGUAGCCAAAGGUCAAUCAAAUGGAGCUGUUACUCUUGAUUCUCAGACACAUUUUUCUGACACCGUGGCUGUUCAAGUCUACCGGAUCACAUUUCUUAUUCUUAAGUUCUUAUGCAUACAAGCUAAGGGGGCUGCUGAAAGGGCACAAGAUGUAGGCUAUGUUGAUCUUGCCCAUUUUCCAGAAUUACCAAUGCCUGAUAUCCUACAUGGUUUGCAGAAGCAGGGGAUAUCUAUCGUUGCUGAACUGUGCGAAGGCAACAAGUUGAAGCGUGUCAGCCCAGAGGAACAGGGUGUGUGCGUCUUGCUGGUACAGAUAACAGUAAUGGCGUUGUACCUGGAGUUUUGUGUGAUCCAAAUAUGUGGAAUGAGACCUGUCUUGGGACACAUGGAAGACUUCUCCAAGGAAAUCAACUUGCUGUUAAGAGCCGCGGAGGGGCAUGCGUUUCUGAAGGAGCACAUAAAGUCCUUAAAACAGAUAGUGUCUUUUGUAUAUCCCAAAUUGCUGCAAGGGGAAGACUUUCUGCAAUGACUCUUUGUACAUAUAUACUAUAAUGCGGGCGAUGCAGUCCAACCCUUUUUGUGAAACAUGACAUUUACUAGAAGGAUUACUGAUAGUUAUGUGAGGCUGGCUAAUUAGUGCUAUCAUGUGAAGUUGUAAUAGAAAUACAACACUUGUCCCCUUUUUCUUUUCAUUUGAGAAAAAAUGCUUUGAAGUUUCUCUCAUGACAUUCUAAUGUGGUAAGAAUAUAACACCAGUCCUGAU